AAAAACAGGAAUCAAUUGAAACAAAAAAGUCACGAAUUGAAUUCGAGUUUUACUUUAAUUUCCUUGAAAGAACGAGGAAUUUCACUUAUCCGCGUAUAAAAUGGUUUAAUUUGAAGUUAUUAGCUUCAACCCUUGUUUGGAUGCUGAGAAAAGAGAGGGAAAGUAAUGUCGAUAGAGAGGGAAAGCCUUGUUGAAUAAAUGUUCAGGAGCUUGUGGUGAAAGUUGCAGCUAUGAUGUUGGUGACCCAUCAAUUGCAGGGUUCAUAUGUAGCAUGCCCUUCAAGGCCUUUAUUAUGGAGGAAAGGAUUGACGCUAAAGAGACCUGUAGUUACACUUCAUAUGCUUGGGAGAAGGGAGAGGAGCAUAUCAUUAAGGCACUCUACUUGUUUAUGUAUAGGGGCUCAUACUUGUGGACUGAAUACCAAAAGUAUUAGAAUUUCAGCCUUCAAAGGCAGUGUUGAAAAUGGCGAAUCAGGAGCCAGAGCAAUCGAUGAGAAUGUUCCAAAAAGUUCUAUUAAAGUUUCUUAUGUUCCAAAAGAUGGUGAAGCAACCACAAUCGAAUCUUCAAAGGCUCAUAAUGGUCCAGUUACAUAUUCCUCGGAAACAGGUGAGAACAUUGUGGGAUCUGCUGCUAUUCAGGAAUUAUUCAAGAAAUGGAUAAUGAUAUUGCGAUCACAAUCCCCAAGUCGAGUGAUGGAUGAUGCUCUGGGAGAAGAAGCGCCUCCAAGGGACACGUCAGAAGCUAAAAUUGACACCCAACGUAAUAGGAAAGGCAAGAUUCUAAAGACGGUCUGGAGCUAUUUCUGGGACAUGAAUGCCACAAUCAAAAUUCCCUUAUUAAUAUUUGUUCCGUGGUACCUCGGUGUCAAUUUGAUUUACGGAGCUGAAGUUUCAAAGGAAUUGACUCCUCUAUGGGUAUUUGGGCCCCUGAUCAUUGCUCUUUAUAUCAAGAUGCUUAGAGGCUUAUGUGCCCUGUAUGUUUUCUGCUUCACCCAGACGGUUCAACUAAUUAGAAACUUACCAACUUACUACCUCCUGGCUUAUAACUACAUCGCACAUGGAAAGCUGAAAGAAGACGUACGAGUCCACGUAUGGCAACCUGUGGUAGACAUGAAGAACUUGGACUACAAAGAGGUAUGUAUAAAAAAGAUGAAAGAUUUUCAAGAAUGGAUGAUGGAGAAGUACCUGGACUAUGUUGAAUCGAUAUGGCCGUAUUAUUGCAGAACCAUCAGGUUCCUAAAGAGAGCUAAUCUUAUUUAGAUUUCGAAUUCUUUGAUCUAAGUCUUUAGGUUUUGGGAUUAAAAGAGUGGGUUUUAGAGGUUGAAAAUUUUGGAAAAGAGGUAGCAAACCCCACACAUUGAAAGGGGACCAUAGCCAGACAUGAUAUUUGGAGUUUAUAAAAGGGUUGAAACUGAGUGCCUACCAGAUUUAUUAUUCAUGCUCUAAUCUGUUCUUUUUUUUUUGCCUAUUAUUGUUGUUAUUAUUAUUAUUAUUUGUUUUUAGGUCUACCCUGUAUGUACGUACUGGAAGAUUUGUUUGCUUUGCCACUUCUUGAUGGUUCUUUUCUAGUAACAAAUGUUUUUUUAAAUCCA